AUGUCCGCCUUCAUACAACCGCCCCUUGGGUCCCCCAAGCCACUCCUCCCCCGUAUAGAUACGACGAACACGCGCUACGAACACGAAAGCAACCCAAAAACCUUCAACUCGGCAAACGAAUCCGUCGAAGCGCGUUUGGUAUGGGCCAUUGGAGAUACCCUGGGAAUAGACUCAAGUUCAAUUCAGAUGGUGGACUCUUUUACAGAUCUCGGGGGUUGCGAGAGGACGGCUGCCCGCUUAAGCAGCACUUGUCGGGAUUUGGGUUUGGAGGUUGAUACUAGCGACAUUCUGAACUGUUUUACACUUGCAGAGUUGCAAACUCGCAUAAUACCAUGUUCGCGAGAGGCAUCACCUCAAAACAUCCCAACAAGUGGCUCUCUCGCGAUAGAGCCGCUCAAGCUCCGAACGAAUAACCUGGCCCCCUCACAGCCUCGUUUCUCAACCUCCUCAGUAGCGCCGUCGACAGCCGUCUCCGAAGUUCACUUUGACCAUGAAAGUUUCAUUUGCGACGAAGAGUCAGUUUCUAGGGCUGUCAUCAUUAAACCAAGGGCGGGUUUCUUUGAUGGCAAGCAGGUUGUGUUUCUUUCACUUGCUGGCCUCCAGGUCCCUGGAUCGCCCACCUCGGAUAUAGAAGUUAUACCGCAGACAAAGAUGUUUCUUGCCGGAACCAAAGUCGCAGCAAUAAGACAUGACCUCGAAGCAGCCGCUAUCGCAACCGACCUACCGGACAUCUGGAUUGUACUUCGACAAUUGCCUGUGACGGAACAUGGGGCGCUCGACCGGAGAAAGCUGCGCACCUGGCUUCAGAACAUCAACCAAGAGACGUAUCAGCAAAUCAUGAGUUUGGACACUGAGGAGACUUUACAACAACCUUUGACCGAUAGUGAAAGGGCUCUUCAGAAGGCUGUCAGCAACGCAUUGCAAGCUCCACGCGAGGAAAUUGGCAUGAACUUCUCCUUUGCACAACUGGGUGGGGAUGAAGUUACCGCGAUGCAGGUGGUGGCCAGGUCCAAGGCCGACGGCAUUUUUCUCAGCGCAACCGAGCUCCUGCAAAAUAGCUCCUUGGCACAACUGGCCGCAAUGGCAACCUCGCGUGGCGAGAUGCCUCGCGGCUGGGACGUGGAGCCGGAGGGGGAGCAGUUUGACUUGUCACCCAUGCAGCAGCUCUAUUUCCUGACCACAAUGGGAGGUGAUUCCAGGUAUCGUAUGGGCAAGGACGGCAGCUACCGCUACAACCAAAGUUUGCUGCUUAGAGUGAAGAGGAACUUCGGGUUUGAUGAUAUAUCAGCGGCAGUCCAGGCGUUAGUUGGGCACCAUACCAUGCUGCGCUCGCGAUUCUUCCAGACCGCCGAAGGGGGGUGGACUCAGAGAACGGUGGCUCCGUCCAACAACUCAUAUGCGAUGCAAUUCUCCACGAUCGGCAACAACAAAGAACUCGAGAUUGUCAUAGCGAGAAGUCAGGCAAUGAUUGACAUCGAAAGCGGCCCUGUGUUUGCGGUCGACCACAUCCAGACGACGGACGACUACCAAAUGAUCUACCUUGUGGCACAUCACCUUGUGGUGGACUUGCUUUCUUGGAGAGUAAUUUUAGACGAUCUUAACGAGCUUCUCAUGAGUGGCAGCCUUCUUUCGCACCGCUCAAUGCCUUUUCAGAAAUGGAACGAGCUUCAGAAGAAGGAGAUCGAGCAGACCGAGAUCACCAGCCCCUUGCCAGCGGGCACACCAGUCGGUAACUACGCUUACUGGGGACUGCAAGACGUCUCCAACACGUACGCUGACGCUUCUGAGCUUGGAUUUUCGCUAAGCCCAGAGUUGACCACGAUUCUCCAGAGCACAUGCAACCGAGUUUUCCGAACUGACUCCGCAGACAUUUACCUGGCUGCCCUUCUACUUUCUUUCUCACAAACCUUUCACGACCGUUCAGUGCCGGUAAUCUGGAACCAGGAGCAUGGCCGAGAUGUAUCUGACCCGGCCAUCGAUAUUUCUGACACUGUGGGGUGGUUCACUACUCUGAGCCCGGUCGGCUCAGUCUUGGCUGGAACUGGCAAUGAUUUUGUCGACGUCUUGCGUCGACUCAAGGAUGUUCGCCGGGCGAUGCCCAGGCGCGGCGCGCAAUACUUUGCUUCUAAAUUCUUCAAAUUCGGCGGGCCGGACCUUUUUACCGAAGAUUGGCCAUUUGAGCUGAUCUUCAACUAUGCCGGUUCGCUGGAGCGUCUUGAGGAGAGCAACGGCGUCCUAGAGCAGAUUCCUUUCCCAGGGCGGACGCUGGCGUCCAAAACAUCCAACAUUGGCCCCAACGUCGGCCGCAUCGCUCUCUUCGAGGUUAGCGCCAUGGUAUCGCAGGGCUCGGCACAUGUCAAGCUUGUAUACAAUAAGCGAUCGCGCCACCAGGACCUCAUCGCCCAGUGGAUUCAGAACUUUGAGCAUCUGUUGCUUGAAGCAAUCGGCCGACUUCGCUAUCAUACACAGGAGUUGACCAUGGCUGAUGUGCCACAGCUGGAUGUUACCUACGAAGGUUUGCGCAAGCUCAACUAUGAGCGCACGUCGCUGCUCAACUUGACCAGCGUUCGCGACAUCGAGGCUGUCUAUCCAGUGACGGCUGUUCAACAAGGCAUCUUGGUGAAGCAGGCAGUCGACCGGGAGGCGUCAUACCUGCAUGCCAUCUACGAGUUUUCAUCGCCAACUGGCCGGCCAAUCAACAUAUCGCAGCUCUGCGCUGCAUGGCAGAACGUCACUACAAAGCAUGCCGCGCUCCGCACGGUAUUUAUCGACAGUGUUACCGAGACCGGUGUAUAUGACCAGGUCGUCCUACGCAGAACAUCCCCAAGCAUGCUCUUUAUUGAUGUUGCCUCCGGCGAAGACCCAAGCGAGUCAUUGAGCAAUUUACCUGCAUUACCCAGCAGGACUUCUGGUCAGACUCAACACAGGUUGGCAGUUUGCAACACACCCACCAAGACGCUGGUGAAGUUGGACAUUAGCGAAGCUCUCUGCGACCCCCAGAGUCUUAACGUCAUCUUCCUCGACCUCCGCCGGGCGUAUACCACCAACGAGCCACUUCCCGAACCUACAGGCCUUACUUAUCCUGAAUAUUUGAAGUUUCUCGAAUCUGCCCGCACCAGCCAAAGCCUCGAUUUCUGGAUUGGCCGACUUUCAGGUGCCGAAGCUUGCUUGUUCCCGCAGCUGACGCAAGAAUCUUCGAGGCGCGCCUUCGAGAACUACAGUUUCGAUCUUGAAGUUGAUGGUUGUAGUCUAGUUGAGUUUGCCAGGUCCAGAAAUGUUACCCCUGACGCAGUCUUGCGGCUUGGGUGGGGCUUGGUACUCCGCGUAUUUUCCGGCAAGGACAAUGUAUGCUUUGGCUACCGCGCCACCGGACGUGAGGCUGCUUCUGGCGGUCCAAGCAUGCGGAAUGCCGUUGGCUGCUUCAGCAAUACGGUAGCUUGCAACUUUGACCUGUCUCCUUACAAUGCUCUUGCCAAUGUAUUGGCUAUCGUCGAGGAACAGUACGUCGCCAGCCUGCGCCACCAGCAUGUUUCUAUUCCAGAGAUACAUCAUGUUCUCGGCAAACGUGGCGACGAGCAGCUCUUCAACUCGGUAGUAUCAUUCACGAACGAACCCUCAGAGCUCAGAAGCCGACACACGGGCCCGGCCGACUUUGAACUCAACAGCAUAUCUCACACGGAGACAUCCUGCUAUGACUUGGCUAUCAACGUUCGAUUUGAUAGCGGCAGGCUUGUCGUUGACAUCGGCAGCAUGUCACUGGUCGGGGAAAGGGAAGCCCCCAACAUCGCAAACACGCUCAGCAAGGCCCUUUGUACCAUUAUGGAGAACCCGACAUCUUCCAUUCAAGGUAUCAAUCUGUUCACCGACCGUGACUACGCACAGAUUGUCGCAUGGGCAAACGAAAGAGCCCCACCGGAACCGAGAGUUGCCGUGGUGCAUGAGCUUGUGGAGACGAAUGCUCGCAGCAACCCCCAUGCCAUGGCCGUAUGUGCCUGGGAUGGACAGCUCACCUACGGCAAGCUUGACGAUCUGUCCACACGGCUAGCUCAGCGAUUGGCCGAGGCUGGCGUCACUACUGGGGUUACAGUGCCUCUAUUGCUACAGAAGAGCUUCUGGUCACCUGUCGCCAUGCUUGCGGUCCUUAAAGCAGGUGGUGCUUUCGUGCCCAUCGACUCUGGUGAUCUCAGCCUGGUCCAGCCAAUCUUUGAGAAUAUCAACUCCAGGGUAGCUAUCGAGUGUGAGAACGCUGGGGGUGUGCUCCGCAACCUUUUCGAUACCGUUAUCGUCCUGAACAGCGAGCUCAUGACGCAGCUCAAGUUGCAGGCCCCGCGCCAUGUCGAGUCUCUAGCAACAGAGGAUGAUGCGGCAUGCGUGUUCUUCACCCCAUCCAACUCAAGGGAAGUUAGGGGCACUGCUUUCACCCAUGGCGCUUUAUCGAUCGCGCUUCUCACUCAAGGACCUGCAGCCAGCAUUAACUAUGCCAGCCGAGUGAUGCAGCUCUCGUCGUACAAUGUCGACAUUGCCAUUUCGGAAGUGUUCGCCACACUGGUAAAUGGCGGGUGCAUCUGCAUUCCGACUGAAACGGAGCGAGUAUUCGACUUUGUAGGUGCGGUUCGGCGAAUGGAGGUCAAUUGGUCAUACAUGACGCCACACCUGUCUCGCAAGCUCAAUCUGGACCAACUGCCUAGCCUCAAGACCGUAUGCUUCAGGACGCGUUCUCUGGAUGAGGAUACUUAUGCCCCUUGGGCCGGCAAAAAGAAGGUGCUUUUCGCGUAUGGCUCGCCGGAUGUCUGUCCUCUUGGCAUUUCAUUCCUCGAAGUGCACGGCACGCAUGAACUCAACCGCAUCGGCACACCACUUGCAGGUAACUUCUGGCUUGUCAACCCUGAGGAUCACCGCAAUCUUAUGCCAAUUGGCAGUAUUGGGGAGCUUGUUAUCGAAGGACCAACCUUGGGGUGCUCCUUCGCACGAGGUCAGAUGGACCGGACACACUGGAAUGCCGCCGAAUUCUCCGACUCGGCUCCCGGCAAGACUAGGUAUUUCAAGACCGGCCACAGUAUGCGUUAUAUGGACGGCGGAGCUCUGCAGCUCGUGUCCCACAAACGAGAGGAUAUCGAGAUUGACGGCAGCACGAUUGUACUUUCCGAAGUGGAACAAAACCUUCGCCGUUGCCUUGGACAGGGAAUGGAUGUCGUGGUCGAAGCCAUUGCCUUCAAGAGCUCCAAAACACCUCCGGUACUGACUGCGUUUGUUGAACUUGGCUCGAUGUUUGACGGACCAGAGGAUCUGCACCGGUUAAGCCAUGUGACGAGAGAGCGCACCUUCAAGGCCAAGCGGGUGGCCGAGACCGGUAUGCGCAACAAAGUUCCGCACCACAUGAUCCCCCAGAUUUUUGUUCCGGUGAAAGACUUGCCGAUCACGUCCUCGCUCAAGGUCAAUCGUCGCAAGCUGCAAAAAGCCAUUCAUGGGCUGUCGCGAGAACAACUGCUGCAACUCUCGAGCGUCCCCAACCCUCAUGAAGUGCAGACUGUUGGUACCAAUUCUCUGCCCUUGACGCAGACUGAGGAGCGCAUGCGGAGGAUCUGGGCUCACGUGCUUAACAUUGAGGACGAAACCUCCAUAUCUGCUGCUGAUGGCUUUAUUAAGGCUGGCGGCGAUGACAUCUUGGCUGCUAAGCUGGUCGUGUGUUGCCGUCAGGAAGAUAUUGCUAUUUCGAUUGCUGAUGUCUUGCGCGAUAUGCCCCUAACCAACCUAUGCCGCUCGGUGACCGCAGGAGACUCACGAUCCAACGUACAAUCCUUCUCUUCGGCUUCCUCCACGUCGACCAGGCCGACCUCGACAUCCCGGGCCAGCUCGGAAGACGUGACUCCAACUCAAAACAACCUGCUUGCUGCUGCUGCUGCUCCUGCAAUCGUUGACCCAGAGAAGAAAGCCCGCGAUGACCGUCUCAAGGGUGUGCUGGCAACCAAGGUAGGGGUGGAUUCCAAGGAAAUCAAGGAUGUUGCCGAAGCCUCGUCGAUGCAGUCACGUUAUAUCGAGUCGGGUAUGCUCCGUGGUCGUGCCAACAUUAACUAUUUUGUCUUCUCCUUCCAUGGUCCCGUGGACCACCGGAAACUUGAGGAAGCUUGCCAAACGCUCAUCACUAUCCACCCUAUUCUUCGCACCGCCUUUGUUCCGUACAAGCGCAGAAUGUACCAGGUUGUGCUCAAGACACCUCCAGCAGACUUCAACCGUUACCUCUGUCCGAGCUGGCGCUUGGCUGCUUUUGCCGAAAAGGUUAUCAAGAAAGAUCAGAGCACACCAAUUGCCUUCUCUGCACCAAUGACCAAAUUCAUCCUUUUGGAUGGUGGCAAGCAGUCAACCCUCCUCCUGAGACUGUCCAAGGCACAGUAUGACGACUUGUCUGUUGCCUUGCUCGUCAAAGAUCUCAAGAAGCUGUACGAUGGCGCCCAAAACCCACCACGACGUCCAACAUAUGCCGAGUUCAUACGAUGCGCCCACAUUGCCAACAAGCAAGGAGCAGAGGAAUACUGGAAGCUCCUUCUCGACGGCGCAAACAUGACCAGGGUAGUCGCGCACUCCAAACCACACCAGCUGACCAACCACGUCAAGACAAUCCGUCAGCGUAUCGAGGUGCCUUCACUGGCACACCUUGGCAUCUCAUUCGAGACCAUCUUGAAGGCUGGUUGGGCGAUGACACUUGCAGAGCUUUCCGGCACUGCUGAUGUCGUCUUUGGUGAGAUCGUCGACGGUCGACAAAUUCGACUCUCUGGAGGACAGUCAGUCGCCGGUGUGUUGGGUCCUACGGCUAACACUACCGCCGUCCGCGUUCGUUUCCCGGAGGGAGACGGUCGUCUGUCACCACUGGACCUGCUGCAGUAUGUGCAUGGACAGCGUAUCGCAGGAAUCCCCUUUGAGAACUUUGGGUUCCUCGACCUUGUUGAGCGCUGCACAUCCUGGCCGUACUGGAUGCGCUUCAGCACUGUGGUUCAGCACCAAUACGAGGAGACGACAGUUGUACCCUCCGAGUCGAAGAUCUUCCACCUAGGCAAGGGCGGUGAGGCAGGUGCACUUUGCAAGUUCAGCAUCAUUGAGAGCCGGGCGCAGGAUGUACCUGACAUGUUUAUCCAUUCCAUGGCUCGCGGUGGCAUCACGGCGAACGACAACAGCAAUAUCGAACUCAACAUCACUUUCUGCGAGAAUAGGAUACCUGUGAGCUUCGCGGAGGAGACACUUCGCAUCCUGAUGGGCAACGUGGCUGUUCUUACCUCUGGAUCCAUCAUGCACGUUGUCAUCCCGUCGGCCGCGCAGUACAAAUCGAAGCGUCCACAAAUCCCGCUACCGCAGAUGCCAUCGACCACUUUGACACCGAGCUCGCCAAUCUCGCACCGUUUCCCGGCUAGCGACAUGGAAGCUAUCCAGAGGGUCAUCUCAAAGUGUUGGGCUGCAGCUUCUCUGGAUCCCUCAUCAUUGGGUGUCCCAGAAGAACACCGGGAUCACGCGGCCUUUUAUGAUCUCUGGGGCUCGCUGGUGCCAGCCUCGCAGCUUGCAUCUUUCUUGACCCGCGAAAUUCCCAAGCUCGGCCUACUUGGAGUUGGGGUCGACUUUGGAAUCACAAUGGAGGAGAUUGCUGAUAAUCCCACCAUGGCUCGGCAACUUGAUUUGAUCGUUCGGAAGACGGCAUUGGCACUGCCAAAAUCGGCUCCCCUCCCGUCCUCGCCGUCGCACAACCGCCAGCUCCAUAGCCACCACUUGUCGCUUGAUAGCCCCAGGAAGGUUUCGGCUCCGCUGAGCUCACCGAGUCGCAACAUUGCAUCGAAGGCGGUCUCGAAACUGACGAGCAAGCUCUUGGGCUCCUCUGCCGACAAGGAGGCUUCUCGCAACAGUAUGAAGCCUCCCCAGCACCAAGACCAACAGGUACCAUACUCGGCUCCUCAUUUCAAGUCAUCUUUCGAUACCUCGGCGCGGACUCCAUCGCCGCCUCGCGAGGCACCUUCUGUGCCUGCUACUGUUGCCGAGUCACCUCGUCUCCCGUACUCUACUUCCCACUCUACCCAAGACGAACUGGAGCGCCAGCUUGACCGUGUCCUGAAUGAGAUAACCGCUGCCAACGAGAACGCGCUCAACACAGGCAGAAGCACCAGGAACGCUUCCGUCGACAACGGCGGCGUGCAGAUGCAGCGCGGCGGCAGCACGGGCACGUACAGCUCGGGUGUGGACAGCCUCACCGAUGGCAGCAGCGCGACGACCCAUAGCACAACAUCUUCAGACUUUGAGAAUGCCGUGUACGCAAGCCUGCCCGGCUACUUUGGCAGCAGCAACAACGUCACCGUCCAAAAGGCCCCGGUCGUCUCGCCGGCCAGUAGCUCAUCGCGUACGCCCCGUACUCCGCGAUCAACGCAGUAUAGGCAAAAGUUCUACGGUCAAAACAUCGCCAUCAAGCCCCUGCCGCACACCAUCCCUGAAGGCGGCAUCGAUGACAUUGUCAGCCCGUUGAGCCCGCCCCAGGGGCACAGGAGGUUCUUCAGUGCCGGUGGUGGGCACUCGAGAUAUCACCACCAGAGGGGUGACUCGUCGCUCGUCACACCAAUCACUACCCACGGGCCACCACCGCCUUACAUGGAAUAUACCCGCCGAGGUUGA